CAUCACACUCACAUCAAAAGAGAUUUUCAUUCCAGCGCCUGCAUUUCCGGUUUUCCGCAUGAGUUACCGUAAGAUUACUCGGAUUGUGGUGAAGCGUUGUCUUCCCGCUAACACGCUACACCAUGUCAUGCGGUCCAUUGAUGAAUACUUGACUUCGUUCCUGUGUCACGAGGUCUUCACUGCUGCUUGUGGGGAAGGAGCAUCACGAUGCACUCUUGAGUUCUUACUUCACAGAAUUGCAGCACCGGAUUGGAAGGAAGCGGUCCAAGCAGCUGUGCGGGGUGGUCAUGUGCACGUGCUUCAUUGGAUGACAGAGCGUUCCGACGAUCGUGGUCCAUGGAAAAAGGAUUUCACCGAUGUGUUGGCAAUUGCUGCUACACAAGGGAAUAUUGACGUCGUCAAGUGGCUGUACAAGAGAGGGGUGGACUGGCACACGUUGUGGGACAAGCUUGAAGGGGUCGAUUACGUCAAGGAUAGCUUCUUGUAUACUCACUGCGCGUCGGAUGCGCUGGAAUUGGCAGUAGAACACGGACAUUUGGAAGUGGCACAGUGGAUUUAUAACACAAGUUCGGACAGCUGUAUCCGCUGGAGUAAGUCAAUGGAACGUGCUGUUGCGAAUGGACAUCUCGCCAUUGCACAGUGGCUGUAUACCGUCAGUGGCAAAAGUUGUAGUAGCUUUAGUAUGAAUUUAGCUGCUAGAAAUGGGCAUCUAGAAAUGCUGGAGUGGUUGCAAUCGAAAGAUCUUGUGAAAUGUACGAAGACAGCAAUGGAAAGAGCAGCUCAAAGCGGUAAUCUGGAUAUUGUAAAAUGGCUACAGCGAACACGAAACGGAAAUUGCACUGUGAGAACUUUGCACCUCGCUGCGAGCGGUGGGCAUCUCAAAGUCGUCGAGUGGCUUUAUCAAAACUUCCCCUGCUAUGAUUACGCUCUACACGCUAGUUAUUCCGCUGCUAAAGGAGGGUACUUGGAUGUAUUACAGUGGUUGCAUGUACGUUUACCAAGUACGUUUAGCGAAUAUGAUAUGGACGGAGCUGCAACUAAUGGCCAUUUAAAUGUUAUCAAGUGGCUGCAUGAACAUCGAAGCGAAGGGUGUACACACAUGGCACCGUUCCACGCAGCACGACAUGGUCACUUAGAAGUUAUUCAGUGGCUUCAUGCACACUACCCAGAUAAAUUCGUCCGACAGGCCAUGGACCAAGCGGCUGGAAACGGGCACCUUCACAUUGUCAGAUGGUUACAUGAAAAUUGUCGUGAAGGUUGCACCGCAUAUGCAAUGUACUCAGCUGCCCGCAAUGGCCACCUGAACGUGAUGUUGUACUUACUGGAGCACAGAAGUGAAGGGUUUCCUAGUAAUGUCAUGACAGCUGCACAUAAUUUUGAAGUGCAAUGCUUGUUCAGCUCGAGCCGUCCGUUAUCACUGAAGACAGACCGGAGCCACAGGGUCCAUGAACCGAUGAUAGUGUUGCAGUCAGCUUACAACAAGCGACCCGCUUUCGUGAAGGAUUGUUUGAGAUGCCUCGCACAAAUUGCAACUUGUGAAGGCAAUAUCGAGAUUUUGGAUUGGCUGAAUCAGUUGGGACUUGAAUUGCGUACAACGAUCCCCAUCCGCGAUGCUGUCGCUAGAGGUAACGUACAGCUGUUGCAAUGGUUUUAUUCAAACCAAUUCGAACUACAAGACCCCGAUCUGCUCGAGUUGGCGGUCCAAAAAGGCCAGCUCGAUGCUGCUCGGUGGCUUUCAAAACGUGGAUUCAAGAUAACUUCUCUAAACCUGAUAGAGGAAGCUGGAAGAAAUGAUAACGUGUCGUUGCUGCGCUGGCUCGUAGAACAUGGGCCACCUCUCGAUUUCGACGCUGCACUUGUAUUGACAGGCAAGUACCAUCAUGAAGAGAUCGUUCCGAUGGUGUCUGAGUCUGUACGGGUGCUACUCGUGCGUGAGGCACUGCAGAGCAGCAACCGAAACUUAGUGUGGCAUAUUCUUGUGGGGACGCGGAUUGAAGAUGAGAAUUCGAGGGAGACUAUUCGUGAUGCUAUCCAGCAUGCAUCUAGCAGCAUGUUGCGGUGGAUUGAAGAUUCUUCGAUUUGUGAGAGUUGUGUGUGGUGCCUUCCGGCAUUAAGAAAGAGGCGCGCUAGCGAAAUGGGUCUGGUAGAUCAAAACUGAGAAGGGGUGAGAAAAAAAACCCUGUCAACUUGACUAUAAACUUGAGUACUG